CGGGAGGGGAAGGAGCAGCGAGCAAGCAGGAGCUGCCUAAGUCGGACGGACGGACCGACCCGCCGCCGCCGUGAUUAGCAACCGCACUCUCAGGGUCCAUUUUGCAGCCUGCGUGCCGAUCGAGUCGCCAAAUUUUCUCAUCGCCAAUUGCGCGUCAUGCUCUUCGCCUGAAACAGACACACAGAAAGACGGAAUCCAAACAGGGGCGGGUCACGGCACACAGCCACAGGAGGGCUUGGCCCUCGCACUCAUCAUGGAUUCCCAAAACCAGCAGUUCUGCCUGAAAUGGAACAGUUUUGGCAGCAACCUGGCCACGGCUUUCGGAAACCUCUUCAAGUCCGAAAGCCUCACCGACGUAACUCUUUUUUGUGAUGGUGUGUCGCUGAAGGCCCACAAAGUGAUCCUGGCGGCAUGCAGCAAGCACUUCCAGGACCUGUUCGAGGUGGCGCCACCCUGCCCAGGCACCGUCGUCAUCCUGGACGGCAUGUCUGCACCCAACAUGGCCGCCCUGCUCGAGUUCAUGUACAAGGGCGAGGUGCACGUCUCGCAGGACUGCCUCUCCUCCUUCCUCAAGGCUGCAGAGUGCCUGCAGGUUAAAGGCCUGUCGAUCGAGCACGAGAAGUUGGCCUCGUCAGAAACGUACCUGGACGGGCGCGCGAGCCCGGCGUGCUCGGAGAGCGGCCAGUCGCCGCACAGGAAGACGCCCAAGCUCAACAACCACUCGGUGCCGUCGCCUAUGUCCGACCCGACGGACCUGACCUCGCCCACCACGCCCACCUUCAGCUCGGUGAUCGCGCCUUACAUGCCGUCGUACCACCGGCCGUACGAACGCUCCAACUCGACCUCGGCCGUCGUCGCCAUGCCCCCGACGGUGCCCUACAAGCGCCAGCGCCGCUCGCUCGCCGACGCCGACUCGGGCGGCACCAACGGCCCCUCCUCCUGUCUCGACUCCUCGUCCGCCGCCAUCAUCCGCGCCUCCGUCCUGCGCGACGGCAAGGGACGCUCCACCACCCUCUCCCCUGCAGAUCUCACGGCUGCUAAUUACAGGGGACAUAACGAAGGACAAACAGGCGACUCAACAAGGUACAAUAACGACUGCGAGGCAACGGACAGGGCGAGCACGAGCAGCGGCAACCCGGCGAGCAACUCGUCGGUGUACGACCGGCCGCCACUGUCGGUGGGGUCGGGCAGCGGCGACCGCGACCAGGAGUCAAACAAGGACGAGAAGGUGGUCGGCUCGAGCCAGUCGAGCGGCAACGGCUCCUCGUACGAGGGCUGCCCCGAGAGCCCCGUGUGCCGCAAGCGCGGCCGGCCGCCCUCCACCAGCCUCGUGCCCACCGACCUCAGGGUCAAGAUGGAGCCCCUCCACGCCACCGGACUGAGAGGCGACGAGCUCAGUGCCGUCAGCUUCAAGGAGUUGAAGCAGCAGGUGGCCGCGGCCGCCGCCGCCGCCUCCGGCAACGACAAGGCCAUGGCCGCCUCCCUCUGGAACGCCAGCACCAAACAGGCCGCCCACAAGGGCGGCAGUGUUGCAACGCCUGAUGGCAAAAAGCUGAAGUGUCCGUUCUGCGAGCGGCUGUACGGCUACGAGACGAAUUUGCGCGCGCACAUUCGGCAGCGCCAUCAGGGAAUCCGCGUGCCAUGUCCAUUCUGCUCGCGCACGUUCACGCGCAACAACACGGUGCGUCGACACAUCGCGCGCGAACACAAGACGGAGCUCAGCAUGAAGACGGCGGCCGCCGCGAGCGCCGCAGUGGCCGCGGCGGCCGCCGCCUCGGGCUGUUUCCCGCUGCCCAACCACAGCCAGUAGGCUGCGUCUCGACUUCAGGAAGAAAACACACUACUUGAUAUACCUCACAAGGAUCUUAUCAAUUCACAAGAAACUUUUACAUGCAGUCCCGCUCUGGCAGCAGGACCUCAAGGAACCUUCACACAUAAUAAUUAUUUACUCGGGGGCUGGAGUCACCCUCUGAGAGGUGCCGCGCCAGCCUCUGUCCAAUGUUAGCGAGUGUAAGAUGGACCAUGAAACACACACACAAACACACUACCAAGCGCUUUUGACAGACAAAAAAGCUGCAGAUCAUAGCCUCGAAGGCAACAAUCUCAAAAUAAUGCGACAUGAAGUGUUUUGAAUACUCUCCGCACUCACAAGCCAGAAAAUUGAUAUAUACACACACAUAUAUUUAUUUAUUUCGAAUGUGCCCGAUUUUAUAAACUUUGAAAAAGUUUUUUAGUUGCAGUAUUCCAUAGUUAACCGAUAAUUAUUUUUACACUCGAAACAACUUUCCGUUCUGGAAGCAAAUCAAGAAUUUUACGCUGUUUGAGAGAAAAAAAAUCACUUUUUUUUCUAAUUUAUGUUGAUAUCUACAAAGUAUUGAAUGCUCAUGGAUUAUUUUUGUUCGCGUUUCCAAAACGUGUUGACGUGUUGCAAACACCACAAAAAUACCAUCCCGCUAGCCCCUCUGGUCGGACCCUCUCGAAAGAAAGUGCCGAGCACUGUGACAAACAAACAAACUUAGUUCCCCGGCCCCUGACAAAAGAAAGAAAGAAAGAAAGAAAGGUUUCGGGAACUGUAAAAUGGAACUUUUAUCUACCUCGUUGUAACUGCUGCUGCACAUCACAUGCAGUUCCUCUUGUUAGUUAGCAAAAUGGAAAGAAAAAAAAUACCACACAGAAAUCACACACAUCGCUAUAACCUUGCCUAUCUUAUUACUGUAAAAAUAAAUAUAUUUUGCGUGUAGUUUUGCAGCCUCGCACCAGGGCUAAGAGUUCAAACGUAUUGGUGUGAGAGUGCAAACGUUGAGCCCCCCUAAGUUUAGGUUGCAUAAAGAGCGAGCAAGAACAAUUAUUAAUUAAUGAGUUGAUUGCUGUUGGUUUCAUUAACUCGGUGUGCAUGCUAACUUUCGUUCUUACAUUUUAUCCGGGAGUAGGUUUAUUUUAUGUAUUCGUUGUAAAUAAUUAUUUUUCAAGUUUUUAAUUAACACACGCAAAACAAUUGUGGAGGAGGGCUCUUGAUUCGUGUCAUGGAGAGGGAAAUCAAUCUUGAGAGAAUCAAUCAAACAAUAUGGAAUUCUUUCAAAAAGAAUCAAUAAUUUUUAAUUCGGUUUUAAUUACGGCCGCAGUGCGGUUUAGUAUAUUUUUUGUGCUGUAUCCUUUUUGCUCAUAUCAAUCACACGGACCUAGAAGAUCAAAAAAUGCUUAAUUUUAAAAUAAGUAAAGGACUAAUCGUCGUCUCAGCUGCCUAUUAAUGAUUUAACAACACUUUUUUGAAGACUCGCCCCUUAAUUGUUAUAUUUUUGACUAAAUUCUAGUCAUUUAUUUAGAAAGAAUGAAAAGAGAGAGCAGCUUUUAAUAUUCCUUGUGAUUGCGUCAGAUUUUGUGCCAAAUCUCCUCCUUUCGUUUUGCUUGCUGCAGAAUUCGGUUGCCAUUCUCCUUUCCGCACUGCACACCCUCUGUCUGCAUCAACUCUUUUAUUUUCUCCAAGCAAACCCGUCCCUCCUGCUGGACAGGCCCGAAACCACAGACAGACGAACAGACACAUAAACAUCCGACGAUGUCCGCAACUAGUCAGUAUAAAAAUGAAGAAAAUCAUCAAAAUCACAGAAUAUAUACCAAGCCUUUCGAGAAAAUUGUAUUUAAUGAGCUGAAAAAAUUAAAAAAAUAAAAUUACCAUGUGAGACACCCACGCAUUUGGAAAAAUUGAUCGUCUGAAAUUAAAUAUGGAUGCUCAAUUUAAAUAUAUAUUUACAGUAGAUGUGGUGUGUCCUUUACUCUUGCACUCUCUCACCGGCUAAUAUUUAUAUACAAUUGCUCUUGCACUCUCUGUGUUAUUUUAUUCCGUUGUUGAAACAUGUAUGUAUUUCAAUAGUUUACCAAGAUGGCUACUUGUUUGCCCGGAAUUAGACCAGUCCCUUGAUUAGUCUCUGCUGUACUCUAUAUUUUUCUUUUUAUUUCUACCGAUUUUGUGCGGCGGCCCUUCCGGAGGCGGCGGCCUCGUUCUAGGGCAUUUUCUCUUAUAAUAUCUGGUGCUGCCGCCGCCAAAGGGUCGCGCCGCCGCCUCUAGUUACAAUACACAUAACGAGCUUUACUUUACCAAAUCAGAUUUUAUAUACCAUUAAAUUUUUCUCACCAUAUGACAGCCUGCUUAAUUUUCUUUUAUUCAUUUCAAAGGCAGAAAAAACACCACACUCAGGAAUAUAUUACGGCCAAGUGAUUAUCUUGUUUUAAUUUAAUAGCUCGCUCCGUCAAAACGAAGAAAAAUACAUGCAAAUCUCCUAGCCCGAUUAAAUACUUCGAGGGUGGUGUGAUUUUGAAUCACCGAAGAGCAUCGAAUGCUCCUUCAAAUCACACUCGAAGGGGAUGAAAUUAAAAAUUACUGCAGUAAAUCUCACAAAGCUUCGAAAGCUGAGAAUCAGAAAUAAUAGUAUAUUCAUAUAUAUUUACUACCGUAUUGGUUUUUGCCGAGCAAAAAACUUACACCCAAACAUUUAAUGUCCCUUCAAUACACACCCUUUCAAGUUGAAAUGUUUUAUAUUAAUUGAUGUUAAACAUAUAGUUGUUUCAUAAUGUUCUAUCUAUUAUUGAAAGAUGAUGUUUUCUAACACGUUUGUCUCUUCAUAUCUUUCACAAUCAUGUACUAUACUUACUAACCCCGCCCGGAAAAAGAAAAACUGCUUGACAUUGAUAUAUCUAUGUAAAUCUAUAUACACGCAAUUGAUUGAUUUUCUGUGUUUGUUCUUUGUAUUCUUCUUCUUUUUCGCUGUAUAACAAUAUCUCUCUCUUUCUCUCUCUCUCUCUCCUUAUGGAUGUGUUGACAGAAGCUGAAUGUUUAAAAACUCUCACUCUUACACACACACACACACACUUGAAAUAGAGGUUGGCGAUACACUUACUUGGAUCUAGAAUUUACAUAAGCGACACACACACACAUGGACGUGGUAUACCAGACGAAAGGACGUGAGCAAACACACACAUAUAAAAUCCCGGGAUUGAAUUUUACUAAAAACGCGGAAGAAAUGCAUGCGAAAUAUUAAUAUAGUGUUAAGUGUUGUUAAUUACUAAGUGUGAUAACGUUAAUCAGCAUAACAGCAACAACUAGUGGGAAGGAAGGCAUUUGUGCGGCAAUUAAGGGACUCUUAUUGCUUCCCGAAGAGCAGCAGAAAAAAAUUUAAAAUUAAAAAAGAAGCGCGCGGAAAUCGUAGCUUUCGUCGUAGGUAAUUAAAUAUGAUUGGGAACAAUUUUUUACAAAACAUAUAUUUGUAGUGAGCGUUUGAAUUGAUGUCGAAAUGCUGAGCAAAAAAGCAUCACCGUGUUUUAACGAAAUUAUAGCAGGUUUGGCUUUUACGCAAUUAUAUCGAAAUAAAAAAAAAACUCACCGAGAUGUGAAUGAUUUUGCUGCUUCGGCUCUCGCGGCUUUUAUGGAGGCGGUCUUGGAAAUUCGAAAGAAUUGUGUUAUGGACGUCGUGAUAUUCGUGGCUCUCUUUUCUCUUUCACCACCCCAAAUCCUUCACGUUUCGGACGGAGACGAUCCGGACGAGAAUCUCAUAAGUUGGGGGCGUAAAUUUAAUGUGAUGGCUGUAUUCUUUUGUUUUAUUAUCUGGUCAAUAUCGUGCCUACAGUAAUUAUGCAUAAAAAAUUGUGUAGCAUGAAUGAGAAAAUAUUCAAAUUUGCUGGCAAAAUUAUAACAAGCAUGGGAAAAAAACACACACACAGACGCAGGAGUCGGGCUGAGCCAGGUCGCGAGUGACUAUCCUUGGAUUAAGGUGAACGAACUCUCCCCCGUGGGGAGAUCUUGAUGGGAAUGGUGAGUGUCUAUUUGAAGAUAUUCAGGCUGUGUUAGGUCUUUAACGGACCCUUUUGGGUGAACAUCGUGUAUGUAUUCGUGUAAGGCAGCUCUAAACGGAAAGUGUAAUUUUUUAGAAAAAGGAACGAAAUAAUUUUUGUAACGAAACGGACUUAACGUUGACUAAAAAAAGAAAGAAAAAAAAUUAGCUAUUGCUCACUCACUUUGACAGACAAGACGGUGGGGAACGUAAAAAAUCGCUGACCGCCUCCAAUUUUACAUAUUUCGGUUUCAUAAACCGAUCGAGUCGCGCACGGAAAGAAAAGAGUCGCCUGAAAAUAACAAUCGGAAAUUGAGACGGACCGAGGAAUGCUUACUUAGAUCUGCGCUAAAUCUAGAGGGUAGUCUUUAUGAUUUAACACUCUUCGUUUUAAGUAAGAGACCUUAGCGUUUAAGAACGAAAAAAUUACAGUACAACAUUGAACUAACUAAGUUUAGUAUAAAUAUGGUAAAAAACGACGCGCGAUCACAUGUCCGAAUUCAGCAAUCAAGGCAGGCCAUUUUUUCACUCGUUUUUUGCAUUUAAACCAAAUUUCUCUCCUAUCUAAACAACCACUUCAUUGCUGAACUUAUUCGAGGCAUUCUUAACCAACUAAAAUAAUUUAGAGCAACAUACGCGAUUCGAAAAGGAACUUCACUCUUGGUUUUGAGCAAUUGCGAAUCAACAACCGGCCCAUUUUACCAAGAGUUUUAACGUAUUAUAUGAAAGAUAAAAAAGUUUUAAGAAAAAUCAUACCGAGCUUUAAAAAUUUCCAUUCGUUUUCGACGCAAUUUCGCCGGUUGCUCCCGAGAACAAAGAAAUUUGCGUUUUCCGUAAAUAUGUACAACAAACAUCCACUCUUAAGCUGACACUACUUAAAAUAUAUCUCUCCUGCUCUCGCUAUCUCUUUCUAAACAAAAGAAACAAAUACCUGUGCACUCACACAUUCAUACAAAAUAAUUGAAAUGCCUUGGCAAUUGAAACGGCGCAACUCUUUUUGUCCAACAAGAGGAGCGCGCGCCGGUUUAUUGUCUUACAAAUUAACCACAUUCAAAAACACUCACACACACACACAAAGUACAAAAUUGGCUUUUUCCUCCUCCACCGACAGCUGCUGCGUCAAGAGUUACUUUGGAAUUUUGCAAACUGACAACUAACAAUAAGCCUCUCACCUCUGUCUCUCCUUUUUUUUUAUUCAACGCGAUUUUUGUCUUUAUAUUCUUGCCAACCAUACUACGAUACCACACCUAUUGUCGCUAAACUUUGGUUCACGUGACGGUGAAUUGAAUUAUCUCAGGUACAAUGACAGUGGCAUUUUUUACGAUCCCCUCUCAUUAAUUCACUUUUUUGUAUUGUCCAUCAAAUUUAUAACUUUAAAUAGAGAGUGAUUUUCUCCUUUUGAUGCUCAAACCGGUUUUUUUUUUUUUAAAUCAAUCAUGCCAUAAAUUUUAACUUUCCUGCUUUCAAAAUAUCUGUAAAUUACGGGUAUUUAAAGACGUGUAAGUGGAUAAUCGGAACUUCUCCCUGAAAAUCACUCCGACACACACACUUAUGAGUAAUGAACUAAUUAUUGUAUUAAUUGAAUCGGUGCAUCAACUGGGGGGCCGAACCAUUCAAUUCCUGCUGCAACUGCGCGAGUACAAAACAGUUUACGAUGAAUUGUUUAUUUUUCACUCGGAAUAUCCCAGCAAGUGUCUUUUUAUAGAGUACCUCUACGGAAAAUUCCAAAUUAACUCUGCGAUCACACACACACAAAACUACUCCCACUCAGACACCCACACACAGAAGACAUCAAUUAUUGAUAUCCAAAUAUAAUAGUACGGAAUCCAACGAACGUUUUACAAAUGUAAUCAUUCGGAUAUUUUUUGCUGUACAAAAGAAUUAAUCCCGGUUUUUAAACGCAAAGAAAUAUGUAGGAUUGUUGCAAAAAAAGUGUCACGCACCUUAAAAGUGAAUAAUACAAAAAACCAGUACUCUUUCUUGGAAAAUAGAAAUAUAUAAUACAAAAAAGAAAGCGCGAUUUAAAUUAUAUUCAAUGUUUCCGGUCUUUGACCCCGCGACGUUCUUCAACUUCUUUGGAAUUCGUUUCUAAAAUCUUCGCUGUUUGCAUAAUUCUCGCUGGUGUGUUUUCAACACUCAAAUUCAUUAUUUGUGGCUCCCGAGUACAUACGAAAAAUACAGAGAUAGGUGUUUCGUUUUGAAUCGUCGUUCAGUUGCUGUAUUGUAAAUCGUCUAGCUGUAUAAUUCAUCAUUAGUUUUUAAUUGACAAGGCCGAGAAAUUCUCGUUGGCCGAAAUUUAAAAAGAAAUGCGAAUUAAAAAUGCGCGCCACCGUUUUGAUGCAAAUCUAUACGUGUCUCCGGUUACACGUUUUAUGCCUUUUUGUCAUUGAUAGAGAUGUUUUUAUAAAUACGAUAUAUAUAUUAAAUGUAUGCGUGUGACUGAAUGUUGGUACAUUAUUACAAAUGACUUUCGUUUGAGUGUCUCAUAAUAAUAUACUUUUGUGUAUAAAAAAUCAUCCUUUUUAAUAUACAUAUAAUCAACUCGCUCAAAAUGAUUGUUCAAAUCUUAGGGGAUUGAAAAAGUAAAUAGAGUAACGAUAUAAAAAGUAGCUCAGAAAACCGGUGGAAAAAACCAACCAAAAAAAGAAAGAUGUGUAAAAAUGUUUGCAAGAAAAAACACAAAACUCCGAGCUAGGGUAUAUAAAAUUACAUAGCUAUGAUUUUAGGGUGAAGAAGCCGCCUUUAAUUUAAGAAUCGUACACACACACACACACACAUACACACACGCGACGCGUAGGAACUUUAUAUAAUACAUUAACAGAGGAGGAAGAAAAGAAGUAAUUCGUAGGCUUUAUUAAAAUUAUCGCUAGAAGGAAGCGCUUAAUGAUGAUGUUAAGAUUAAGUAACCGUGCGAGCGAGUGUGGAAAAAAACCGAGCUGAAUGUGUUGUAUAAAGAAAAGAAAAAACGGUACAUUAAUUAAACAAACACACACAUAGCGGUAAUUAGUUGGUACGAGCAUUAAAAUUAAUUGAUUGAUGGCGUACGAGACCUAAAUGAUGCUAGCUGAUAGAGAGAGACGGUUUAUGUACAGGAAUGAAGUGAAAAAAGAAAAAAAACACACACGUGAAUUUCACCUCUCCAUUUUUUGAUCAGCGACGAUUCCAAUGUCGAACCCGAUCACACACACAAAACACACAACCACACGCAGUAGGAAAUUUUAUUAAAUGAUAAAAAUACAAAUGCGCGUCACAACGUUCACUGCCAUUAUCGUAUGCAAAUUGAUGAAAAAUGGAUGUGGAGUUUGCUUACAUAGACGACUUGUUUGUGAUAUUUUCAGGUCUCGUACCGCUCCUUUCUUCGUUUUUAAUUCAUUUUCUAAUUAAUUCGCUUCGAUUAGAAGAAGAAGAAAAAGUUGUUCUUUCUUUUUGUAAUUAAAUUUAAUUAAUUAGUUUUAUUAUUUUUAGCAACUUUUGAACAAAAUAUUGAGAAAAUUAUAUUCUCAGCCCCGACUUUUCCUUUCACACGCAUAUAUAUUACGUAAAUUGGAAAAUUUACAAACCUUUUGAGAGAGAUUGAUAAGAAAAAAUUAAAUUACACAAACACAUGCUGAAUGUCCGAAGAUGAAAACUAAUCGAGCUUAAUGUGACCAUGAAUGUCGCCAUGUUUUCUUGACUUUUAUGAUUAUUUUAAUUAUGUUUUUGAGUCGAUAAUUUGCUCUGAACUGUACAAUAUUAGUUUUCUGUCUGCCCGCGGAGGCCGUGGCGCCACCCCCGCCGCCCCCACGCACCCCCGAACAAUCGCGAAAUUAUUGCAAAAAAUUAAAAUUAAAAUUCUGCUGGCAUAGAAUUCGCUAAUUAUAAUAAAAUCUUACCCAAUCAGAUCACUCACCAAGGCUGUGCUCUUUUAAAUUUUACGCGCGGACGGUCGGCGCCGGCGGCGCCGCCCUCGGCCCCGCGGCAGACGAAACCCAACAAAAUCAAAACGCAAAAUAGUCAAAUCCGAUAAUUUUCUCCAGCUCGCCUAUCGGCCCUACCAUAUAUAAUUCACUUUUAACUCUUCCAAACCCCCCAUUUUUAGUGCCACCUUAUGCAUCGGACUGAAUGAAUCAAUCAAAUAUGAGCGUUUAAUUAUUAUAUUAAGUUUUUGUAACGAGAGACACAACAUACGCAUGUAAAUGAAAUAGCUACACCACCCUGACAUACACACAAAUUCAUUCAAAAAAUUGAAGACAAACAAACACUUGAUAAAAUGUGAAAAAUUUCACUUCCCCUCCGAUUUAAAUUUAAAUUGAAUUAAAAAUAUAUAUCCUUCCAACGGGCCAAGAAACAAAUUUAAUUAUUCAGCCCGCCGCUGUCUCCGGCCUUUAGAAUUAUAUUUUUGUCCCAGAUGAAAGGGUUGUUGGACCCGAAGGCCCGAGACAUCGCGGGCAAAUCCACCCACUUGUUGAUCAUAGCCAAUGGAUAGAAUAAAAGAAAUCGCGCGCGCGGAAUCGGAAAUAAUUCCGGCGAGCGACCCGUUUUUAUGCAAGUUGAAUGGAAAAUAAAUUCAUGACAAAAGUAAUUAAAAUAAAAAAAACACAACACAAAAGCGACCACUACCUCCAAUAGAUAACGAGUAAAUAAUGUAAACUGAUAUGACAAAUGGAUGAUCUUGUUUUUACCGCGACAAUUAUAGAAGAAGAAAAUUAAUAAAUACAGAGACAGACACACUCAUUCAUAAACACACUCACACACACACACACACACACACACACUAUACCGGUGAUAGUUAAUUGAUACAAGACGAAAUGGGUCAGUUUUUUUAUCGAAUUAGGAAGACACACACACUUGCAUACACUGAUUGAAAUAUGAUGAUGAUGAUGAAUUAGUUCUUUUUUCUCGUUUAUUGCUGUGCGUGAUACACGAUGUGUAAAAAUGAGAUAUAUGAAUUAUAAUUAUAUAUAUACAUGCCGUCCCAACUCUUUUAAGUCUACAUGUGUUUGGCCGACGCCUCGGUCGGCCGCGCCGCCCGGGCUUGGCCCCGGCGCCGCCCUCACGGUGGGCCCUAGGCAAGGGUCGGCGCCGGCGGCGCCGCCCUCCCCCCCUCAAGUGUGUACAGAGUGCGGCACGGCGCGCACGCUGGCGUCGCUCUUUAUAGAUGGGAACGUUAUUAAUUAUUAAAUAUGAAAGAAGAAGAAGAAGAAAGAUGAGAAGUAAACGAAUCAUAAUAAUGUAAUUUGUUAUUUGUAACAAUGUAACAAUUUGGAUUUGAGGAAAACAUGGUCUGUUAUCAAGGUA